AUGAAUGGCGUUUCGUGGCAGGGCCUGGCUGAGCGCUUUCAGAGAAGACGAGCAGCCGCUAUCCCGACAAGAUGGACAAUUCCACCUCUGAAGCUCGACGAGACAAUCCGCUCGACUACCCGUCCAAUAGACUUGCUACCGCGCCUCUUGUCGUAUAACGAGAUGCAAAUCACAGCCCUCGGCGCCGCAGCGCUGGCUGCCAAGAUCCGGAACCAUGAGCUGUCAUGUAUCCAGGUAACAGAGGCAUUCUGUCACCAGGCCGCCGUUGCCCAGCAAUUGACGAACUGCUUGACCGAGAUAUUUUUCACAGAGGCAAUGGAGCAGGCCAGGCAGCUGGACGAUAUGCUCAAGACUACGGGGAGGCCAAUUGGGCCUUUGCACGGGGUGCCCGUCUCGAUCAAGGACCAAAUCAACAUCAAGGGCCAGCACACUACAGCUGGGUACAUUUCCUUUGCGCGGAACCCGGCGAGAGACCAGGAUGCCCAACUGGUCGAGGUUCUGCGCAACGCCGGCGCAAUCAUGUACUGCAAGACGAACAACCCCCAGUGCAUGAUGACGCUGGAUACGGUAAACAACAUUUACGGCCGGACCGUCAACCCGUGGAAUAAUAAAAUUGGCCCCGGAGGCUCCAGCGGCGGCGAGGGGGCGCUUCUUGCCAUGCGCGGCUCCCCGUUGGGGAUCGGUGCAGAUCUCGGCGGUUCGAUUCGAAUUCCGGCCGCAUUCUGCGGUUUGUAUGGCUUCAAGCCCUCGGCGAAGCGAGUUUCCUUGCGUGGAUCGGAAUGCACCAUGUCGGGGCAGGAGUCCGUCGUGGCCGCUGCAGGUCCCCUGGCGCACAAUGUCGAGGAUUUGGAGCUCUUCUUCCAGGUCAAUUCCGAUGCGAAACCGUGGCUCAAGGAGCCGCUGCUUCGCAUGCCGUGGGUAUCGCAAAGCGACCAAAUGCGCCAUCAGAAGCUGCGAAUCGGCGUCAUGCUAUGGGACGAGGUGGUGAUGCCCCAUCCAUAUAUUACACGGGUCAUUGGGGAGGUGGCCAAGACGCUGAAAGCUUCCGGACACGAAGUCAUCGAGUUCAAGGCGUACGAUCACAAACGGGCAUGGGACGACAUCUUACUACCACUGUACUUUACCGACGGUGGUCGGGACAUUAAGCAAACGCUCUUUGCUGGAAACGAGCCCAUCUUCCCUUCUGCAAAGCGAUUGCUGGACGAUCCCAUUGUCAAAGAAAGAACACACCACGAGAUAUGGAAACUGAAUCUCGCAAGAGACGACUACCGCACCGAAUAUCUCCAAAAAUGGGCCGAAACCGCAAACUCCACACCCUCCGGCGAGCCCAUGGAUGUGCUCAUCUGCCCAGUGUCGUCCGUCCAAGGCAUGCCGCACGAUGUCAAGCCGUGGUGGGGGUACUGCGCACAAUGGAAUCUGCUGGAUUAUCCCAGUGGCGUGAUUCCCGCCGGGAGAGUGCUGAAGACGGAUGCUUAUCCGGCAGACUACGAGCCCGUGAAUCAGCUGGACAAGGAAAACAUGAAUCUCUAUGACAACGACUUGUACUAUGAUUUACCUGUGGCGAUUCAGGUAGUCGCCCCGACUCACGAGGAUGAAAGACUCAUGGGAGCAAUGAGGGUUAUUGACGAGGUGGUCAACGGUUGA